GUCGUUCUUAACGUCAUCAUAAGUUAAGCUUACUUACUGCCGGUAUGCUGGUUCGCAUCAUCUUUCUGGAGUGGGUCAUGAGGUUGAUCGCCGUGGCAAACCCGUGCUGACCGGAAACUUGCCGCUCACCUUGAAAGGUUCGGGAAGUUGCCGUAUGACGAUUCUACUCUAUCUGCCGGUCUUGGCAGGAACCUGAGUAUUACAAUAAAACGACAGAUCGCAUUACAGCAGAGAAUGAUGUUUCAUUGAAUUCAAGAUUCUCCUGCGGUAAUCCAUUGGCUCGGCUUUUGCUUGACUCGCUUUUACUUUCCGUGCUUACAAGAUGGCUGAACAUACGAAUCUUUCCACCCCCUCAUUUGGUUUCGUCGGCCUAGGGAAUAUGGGAAGUGUGAUGAGCCAAAAUCUAGCAGAUUAUGCUCAAAAGGAGGGGUUUCCGAAGGUCAAGAUAUGGAAUCGUUCUCGUAGCAAGUCGGAGCAGCUUGCUACGGAGGGUUUCUUCGAAAUAUCAGACACCUUGGAAGACUUGGCACGGAGAUGCAAUAUUAUUCAUGCGUGCCUCGCGAAUGAUGAAGUUGCGCUUUCAGUCUACCGACAGAUUUUGGACGUUGCAAAACCUGGCAUCGUGCUUGUCGACCAUUCCACAUUGUAUCCCGACAUAUCCACGACGCUACGCGCUGAAGCGAUAGCUGAAGGGUCAAGCUUCCUCUCUUGCCCAGUUUUCGGUCCACCAGCUGCUGCCAAAAGCGCAAACCUUCUGGUGGUAUUAUCCGGAGAUGGGAAUGCCAGAUCUCUAUUGAAGAAAUACGUUGUGCCAACAUUAGGGAGAGCAAUGAUCGACUGUGGCGACGACACGAGAAAAGGCGCGCUUCUCAAGAUCCUUGGAAAUAGUUGCAUCUUAGGCACGAUCGAACUCCUGUCGGAAAGCUUUACUCUGGCCGAGAAGACGGGGUUCGAUGCCGAAUUGUUCUACGAGUUCAUACAACAAUGGUUUCCCGCUCCAGCUUGGAUGAACUAUGGCAAGAAGAUCCGGGAUGGGGCUUUCAGUGGCACGACUGGCUUUACUAUACCUGGCGGGAUGAAGGAUGCAUCGUAUAUUCGGCGACUUGGUGUUGAAACGUCAACUCCGACACCUACUAUUGACCAAGCGUGGAGCCAUCUCACCACCGCGAAGGCGCUUGGCGGUGAUAGUUUAGAUUGGAGUUCAUGUUCAGCUGGGAUGCGUGUCACAGCAGGUUUGCCGCCAUUCAAGGGCGAGGAUUUUACUUUGGCUAAGAGAUAGAACACCCCUCAUAACCCCUUUUUUGUUAUUAUCUCCAAGACUACCAUACCGGGAACCCCCGCUAUCGGACAAUAAUUUACCUUCCGCG